UACCAAAAAUAAAGUCGCUCAAUAUCUCAGUUCCGUUUUGAGAAUGUGUUAAAUUAAUAAAUUGACCUCUCUAUGUGACCAUUGUUACAACGAUUGUGUUCAGUUCAGUAAAUCGAGAGAUGUAAAAGAGAAGUUAUCUUAUCUUGACAUACCCGGUGUUAUAUAAACAAGUUUAUCAUAACAAGUCAAGCUAGUGGAUUUCCAUUUGUAAAAAAAUAUGAAUUUCGUUCGUUUGGGGCUACUUAAACGUUCAUUAAAUAUGGAGUGCCGUAAUUUGCACUUAUUGAAGAAGCUGGCAUAUAUCAAUGGAGAAUGGGUGAAUGCAAAUAGUAAUUCUGUCUUUCCCGUGAUCAACCCGGCAGAUGACAAAGUUAUUGCUGAGAUACCUGAUAUGGACGCUACUGACGCAAAAAUUGCAGUUGAUGCAGCUACAAAUGCUUUCAAAACAUGGAAAGACACUUCAGCAAAGGAGAGAUCUAGUAUCCUACGAAAAUGGUUUGAUGUUUGUCAGAAGAACAGUGACCACCUAGCUGAUAUUAUCACCGCUGAAGCAGGAAAACCAUUGGGCGAGUCGAAAGGAGAAGUGGCUUAUGGAAACUCUUUCUUGGAAUGGUUUGCUGACACCGCUCGACACAUAAAUGGGGAAGUCAUCCCUAGUCCUUGGCCAAAUAAACAAAUAAUAGUAACCAGACAACCUUUAGGAGUUGUAUCUAUUAUUACACCAUGGAAUUUUCCAUUUGCUAUGAUUACUCGUAAAGUAGGAGCAUUGAUGGCAGCAGGAUGCACUUGUGUUAUAAAGCCAGCCGAAGACACACCAUUAACAGCUUUAGCAGCAGUUCAAUUAGCUGAAGAGGCCGGUGUACCCAAAGGAGUAAUAAAUGUUAUUACAUCAAGUAGGAAAAAUGCACCUGCUGUAGGAAAAGUAUUGUGCGAGGACCCUAAUGUGGGUUGUAUAUCAUUCACAGGUUCAACUCAUGUUGGUAAAAUUUUGUAUGGUAUGGCAGCCAAGGGCAUAAAAAGAGUUGCUUUAGAAUUAGGUGGAAAUGCCCCAUUUAUAGUAUUUUCUAGUGCCGAUAUAAGCCAUGCAGUUGAGCAGGCAAUGUUGGCAAAGUUCAGAAACAAUGGUCAAGCAUGUGUUGGAGCCAACCGUUUCUUGAUUCAUGAAGAAAUGUUUGAUAAGUUUGUAGAUUGCUUCAAAUAUAAAAUAAGUCAAAAAUGUAUCUUAGGUCCCGGCCAUAAAGAAGGGGUCACAUGUGGCCCCCUUAUUAAUAUGGAACAGAUUAAGAAAGUAUCUGGCUUAGUUAAUGAUGCAGUUAAAAAAGGAGCAAAGGUGAUGAUUGGAGGACAAGUUGCAAAGGACAUUGGAGAAAAAUUCUAUGAGUCAACUGUUUUAGUUGAUGUCAAACCGGACAUGGAAAUUUAUGGGGAAGAAAUAUUUGGGCCAGUUGCAGUGUGCUUAAAGUUUAAGACUGAGAAUGAGGCUUUGGAAAUAGCUAAUAGUACCAGGAGUGGAUUAGCUGCUUAUGUUUUUACUUCGGAUUUGGGUCAAGCAUUUAGGAUGUCCCGACAAUUAGAAUUUGGCAUGGUUGCAAUUAAUGAUGGUGUGCUGUCUGCGGCAGAACCUCCAUUUGGAGGGAUAAAAGAAUCUGGAAUUGGUAGAGAAGGGAGUAAACAUGGAGCUGAAGAAUACACUGAUUUAAAAUACACACUAUUUUCUGCACUUGAUAAAUAACUGAUGUAACGAUUUGUUGAAAAUAUUUACACCUGCUUAACAUCCAUUUGUUUUGCACUUGUUUGAAUGAUAAUGUAUAAUAGUACUCUUAUUCUAAUGAAGUAAUUUAUGAUUCAGAGUUGAAACACAAGUUACAAAUUGGUUACCAUAUAAAAAAUUUUCAGUAGAAGAAUUUUAAGCAUUAGCUUAUUAAGGAAAUAUAUCUAAAGUGAUCAUUCCAGUCUUCCAGGAUAUUGUGAUUUUAGGAUAAGAUUUUACAUGCAACAAGACAUUUUCAGUUCAUAUGUUUUUUACUGUAUAUUAAAUAUUUUUUCAUCCAACAUCAAAAAGUAUUUAUUUCAACUAUAUUUGUGCAAUAUUAUUAUUUUAAAAUAUUUUCAUAGGCUGUAGUUGAAGUUGAUGAGAAAUCAAAAUUAAUAAAAAUAACAGUUUAUACUGAUUUUAUUUAUAUGUUCGAACUUAUUUAUAAUUUAAAUCUUUAAGUUUGCAUUUACUUUCUCUUAAAUAAGUGUACAGUUUAAUAAAUAAUAUCGAAUAAAAUAUUGAAUCUGC